CAUUCCAUGUCCUUUGCUUCAUUUCUAUGCACUAGCUCAAUCAAACAAUAUUCAAGUAUUUUAUCAAUCUGUCGUGGAAAAGAUCGAGCACUAAAGCUUCAUGUAGCUGAAAUUGGAAGUAGGAGGACUAAAGCUUCAUGUAGCUGAAAUUGGAAGUAUUUUAUCAAUGGAGGUAGGAGGACUAAAGCUUCAUGUAGCUGAAAUUGGAAGUGGUCCCACUGCUGUCCAAAAUCAUCUUCUUCCUGAAGGAUUCUACAUAUCAAGGUGGCAGGAGCCAGGGAGGGCAGAAGCAGAUUUUGGCCGCUUUGAUGUCAAGUCGGUGGUAAGGAACAUCUACAUUCUCUUCUCCAGAAGUGAGGUUCCAAUAGCUGCUAAGGAUCAAGAAAUCAUGGAUUUGUUUGAUCCAGCUAUUCCUCUACCGCUAGGGUUCUCAGAGGAAGAUCUUUCAGUCUAUGCAUCUCCGUAUGAGAAGUCUGGAUUCCGUUUUCCUUUGAGAGUUCCAUAUAGGAGUUUAACAGUGGAUUGUGGUUAUACUGAUCCAAAAGUCUUAGCUCCAACACUGCUUAUCCAGGGUGAGAAAGACUACCUCUUAAAUUUUCCCGGGACUGAGGACUACAUACGAUCUGGGGCAAUGAAACAUGUUGUGCCUGAUUUGGACAUUACCUUCAUUGCAGAAGGGGGUCACUUUGUGCAAGAACAACUUCCAGAGAAAAUUAAUGAGCUAAUCCUCACUUUCCUCAACAAACAUGGUAUCUGAUUCAACGUUGCUCUAUGUUCCUGAGGAUCAAUUUAAUGUUGUGUACGUCUGGGGCUAAAAAGGCAGGGCCUCACAUUGCAUAUUUGGGAAUAAAUUAAGAAACAGUUUCUCUUCUUAUUAGUUGAUGUGAUCUUUGUGUGAUUUGCUACUUGUUCUGAAAAUAUAUUUUAUGUACUUCGUUUUUCGGUAUUCGAGCAUUUUUCCUGGAAAUAAGUCCAGGCAAAGUGGCUCACAUAGGGAAAAUAGAUUGUGAGAAAUUUCUGUAUCCUUCCUAUAUUAUGCAUCAUUGC